AUGAACACAAGUGAAUACAUGUUAGAUAAUGGUCUUAAUCCUUAGAAUUUGACCAUUGUCAUCAUCUAGGACAAUGCUAGCAACUACUCUUCUGCUCCAGCCAUGGACAAGAGAAAGAAAUUAAUGAGCUCAAGACCAACUGUUAAGGCUGCUGCAAUCUGUGAGAUCUUAAAGUACUUCUGUAACUUGCCAAAUUUCUUGUUCCACAUUUCUAUGACUCUAUUGUUAAUGUUUAGAAUUAACGCUCUUGAGGAGGAUGAUCCAUCUGCUGCAAGACUUUUGUAUGGAAAGGUCUCAUUUAUAGCUUCAUUCGUUAUUUUAGGCUACAAUGCAGUCAUUUAUUUCACAGACUGCUUCCUAGAUGACACUAGUGUUGACACCAUCAUUAAGUGGUUAAUGCAAAUUGUUAUCUUGGGUGGAAUCGGAAUCAGUGGUUACUAUGCAUUCUAAUGCUAUACCAUUUUUUCAACUGACUCAACAAACAAGGAGAAAAUUAUGGAUAUUGCCUUGGCUGGCAUUUUCAAUGUCUCUCAACUAUUCUAUCUUAUCACAUUCUGGAUCUUCCUCUGCAACUGA